AUGAUACUCGAAAACAGGCAGGCCGAAUAUUUGAAACAGUGGAUGGUCCAGAAACUCAAACCGAUAAGCGAUGCUGAUCACGAGGUUCUAUCCGAGUACGUAAUGGCCCUUUUGCGGCACGACCAACCGGAGAAUCAACUGAGGAUAUCGUGUCUCAAGCAACUCGAAGAUUUCCUUCAAGAGGAUACCAAGCUGUUCGUGACAGAGCUCUUCGAUCAUCUUCGAACUUUUGGUGCUUUCAAUGGAUCUUACCAGCCCCCUGAAAUCAAUCUAUCUGCUUCAGUUUUUCCUAGGAAACGCUCACUAGCGGUUGAUGAACCCUAUCUCUUACCCAACAAGAAUACCAACAACAAUCUCUCUCCUCCUCCACUCAACUCGCUCGACAAUCAACAUCACGCCUCUCAAUCAUCUACUGCCCCGAUCCCACAGUACACGCCCACUCAGAGUCAUCCCAGCUUCCUCCACUUCCCCGAACAGCAAUCCAACCUCAUAAACCCACUACCCCACUUUUCUACAUCCCAGGUUCAACAACCUUACAGCGCCACCUCCAACCAGCCGAGGAAUUCGAAGCGGCCUCGAAAAUCGAUGUGUAGAGAUUAUCAUUAUCGAGGAUAUUGUGCCAGAGGGAGUAGCUGUCAUUUCUCACAUGACGAAAGGGAUCAAGACCCCUCAUCAAGCUCAGCUCUUCCAUCCGGCUACUUCCCCAAAACUCGUGCGAGUGAAACCGAAGCGAAGAGCCCACCUCCACCUGCCACCUGCAUUCCUGUGGUCUUUAGCGGCCCUUCAGUUGGCCAACAGAUACCUGGACUCGGCGGAGCUGUCCAAUUCCCAUACGAUCUCCCCCCUCCAUCCUUCUCAAGUAACCCCCAGCAGCAGGCCGGAAUCGAUUCAUCAAAUCAUUAUAAUUCAAGACAUCCUGAUCGAUCCUUGCGCCACAAUGGACCCUCUUUGAACGCCAAAAAACCAUUCACCACCCUGUUUAUCGAAAACAUCCCUCAAUCAUCACUCUCCGAUCGGGCUGUCCGGGAGUAUUUCUCGAUAUUCGGGCCACUGACUAAUGUCUUCGUUGAUGUUUACAACGCGCAGGCGCAGAUCACAUUCAAAUCACCGGAAGAUGCCAAGCAUGCUUAUUCGUCUCCCGAGCCUGUGUUCAACAAUCGAUUUGUCAGAAUCCACCUUAAGCGUUUCCCUGCAACUGGGCCUCGUCGCAGUUACGGCCCUCUACGAACAGUAGGUAGUCCGACGGGAGAAGGCUUGGUUAAUAAUGAAUCCAAGAAUGAACCGAACUCGAAUGGAUAUCGCCAUAAGCCUUACGAUAGCCCGCUUACGUUCAAGUCCCCGCCGGCCAGCUCGCCACCUCAACCAAAAGCGGAAGUCCAGGUGCUCUCCCAACGCGAACAAGAGUUACGACUAAAGAUCGAUGCUCAAAAGCGACUGCUCGAGCAGCUCAGUCAGAAGAAAGCCCAGAAAUCCAACGGCUUAUCCCAGGAUGUCGAAAUGAGUGGUCCUUUUCAACCUGCCACACAAGAGACUGAAAAUCAACCUAAACAAGACCUUCCUACAACCGACUCCAACAUCACCACUGAUCUUGGCGAGUCGUCGACCACUGCGGCUCUUAAUCACUUAUCGCCUGAACCUCGUCUAGUAAGUGCCAAAGAAGCACUCUCCCCGUUGCAGGAGCCAAACUCGUUCCCGAGACGGACGACGAACAACUCGGUCUUGUAUUCUGGUCGAGGUGGCGGACGGAAGAAUUUGACGAACAGUCGGACCUCGUGGACGCCUGCUGGCACCUCCCCCACUCAAGUCUUCAAACUAGAUAAUCGCAGUUGUACUCUGGCUGUACAGCUCGUUCCUUCCUCUGCGGCGCGUGAAACGCUUAAGGCUUAUUUGGAACAAUUUGGGACGAUCGUUGCUUUCGCUCCCUUGUCCGAGGAUGAGAGCGUGUUCGAUGUUAGUGUGAAGUUUUCGACGCGGGCAGCGGCUGAAAAAGCAUUAGCCAACGGGUUAGAGAUACCUGAGGUGGGCAAGGUGACGAUGAACUGGGUCCCCAUCAGCGCCGGAUCGGGCCGAACAAGGACAACGACGGCAAACAAUCCGCCUGGCCAUCCGAGCCACACCCCACAUUCGUUCAUCCCGGGCCUCAGGAACGCCCAUCACCACCAUUAUCCCGGCAGCUUCUCGCUGGUCAAUCACCACCCUCCCGCUCAAUCUAAACCCGAAGAUCCCAACGAUGAAGUCGCCGAUAAGGAUACUAUCCCUCCUUUCGAUAUGUCGACUUCUACCGCACCUCCAUCGACCAAUCCUCCCGCUGCUGGCUCGGAGAACCCGUUGGUCGAUAAUGGCGACGGGGACGACCUGGUCGAUGAUUUCUGCGUCGACGACGAGAUUGAUGGGUGUUGGAAAAGAUAA